AUGGCCACAGCUAUACUUCAUACGAACGAUAUGCAUAAGGAGCAAUCGCCAACUGCGAUGUGUAGCGCAACAAAUUCGCCCUUAUUGCAUGGAUAUUCGCCAAAUCAACAACUUGCAAAUUAUGGAAAUGCAACGUUGCCAGAAAAUAUUUAUACAUCACAACAAUCACAACAGCAACAACAGCAGCAUUAUUCAGUACAACAACAGUCACGUAAUAUUUAUCAAAAUUUAACGCCAGAACCAGUUGGACCAUGCAGUGGACUCGAAUCAACGUCUUUUGUCGAAUUAGGCGCAGUUAAUCAACAACAACAACAACAACAUCGUGUGACAGUUCAAGUUGAAACUCUAACAAUACAUGAUCCAUUCGAAGAAAUUCCACGUAAACGGCCAUGUAAUUUUCAACGACCACCACCUUAUAUUAAUACGGGAAAUCCGUUGCAUAGCGGAUUACAACUUGAUUUGCCAAGAUUUGCUUCUGUCACAUAUCCUGAUACAGCAUAUGAAGCAACAGUAGUUGUGAAUAAAGCAUUUAUAAAUAUGGCGGCAACGAAUGGAAUUUGUUUGCAGCGUCGUAUUUCUCAUAACUCUACAGCAUCACCACAAAUGCGUAAUAAUAAUGCUAAUCCAUAUCAGAACCAUAUGCCGAAUGGAUUAACAUCGAAUUAUCCACCGUUAACACCUCCACCAUCGAAUGGUAUGCAACCUCCACAUCCAUAUAUGCCCACUGCUCAAAUACGGCAUAUGAAAAUCGCAAUGCCACCACAAGCAUCAACUUAUCCCUAUUGCCCACCAACAAUUGCUGUUCCUAGUGUGAAAAAAUCUAUAACAAAUGCGAAGAGAGUUAAAUCACAACAGCUGAAGAAUUUAGACGAUUUACCAGCAAAAGCAGUGCGCAAGAGUGAUUUUUGUUCUCAGCCAAUUACAAGUAUUUAUGACCAAGUGAAUACUGACCACGGACCAUCGACAAGUGGUACAAAUCCAAGUUGUGCUGCGCCUAUUAUGCCAUGUGGCGCUAUAAAUAUGAUUGAUCGACAGUCACCUUCAUGUUUGCAAAAUCCGCAAAUUCAUCUGCAUAAUAUGCGACAAGCCUAUUCUUUCGAAAAUGGCAAUGUGAACUCUAUACCAGUUCAGCUCAAUGUGAAUAGUCCAAGCGCUGAAUUAAUACAACAAUCACAUUUGUCAACGAUGCGUACAAAUGGUUACAACCACAUAACGAGAGGGGAUACCGGAGAUGGUGUAGCAUUAACUAAACAAGAAAUAGCGAAUCAUGGUUAUUCUAUGGCUCCGGAAGUGAUAGCUGAUAUUCGUCCAUAUGAUCCAUCGCUUUUGGCCAUGAAAAGUCCUCUUUAUCAAGCUUCAUCGAAUGGAGGAGCUUCAGGAAUUUAUGCCACCAAAAACGGAAAUAUAAAUAAUAGUCCAAUUAAUGUACAGCAAUGUGCGAACGAACGUCGUGGCAUUCAAUGUAAUGGAAAUGGUUUGGGUUGUAAACGCAUUUUCCACCAGGAAUGUGCUCAACUUGCUCCAGAAGCAUUUCGUAUGGUGUUAAGCGAACCAAAUGCUUGCUGGAUAUGUGAUGAAUGCGCUAGUAGGGCGCGAAUUUAA